CAUUUCCUUCCCUCACUCCCCCUCCUGUCUUCUUCCUCAAUCCUCACUCUCAUUUCCCUUCCACUUCUUCUUCACUGUCACGACCACAAAAAAAAAGCCCUUCAAAUCCUUCUUUUUCUGCCACAUACCCAAAUGAGAAAUUAGGGUUGGGGUUUGAUCAAUCACUCUCUGCAAAACCCCAAUUCAUGGCGACUUCUCUACUUUUGCCUGAACUCAUUUUUCUCUCCCCGAUAACCGUUCCCCAGCGCCGGCUUUGUUUCUCUAAGCAUUCUUUGUGUAGAAGUCGGAGGCACAGUCUUGCUGUUCGGACUCGAAUUAGGGCUGUGAAUGAGGAAGGUGUGGCAGUGGAAGAGAGGGAAAGGCGAGUGAUCAAGGAAUUGAAUGGGAAUGGAGCUGCUAGUGGUUCGAGUUUGAGGUAUGGCGUGUACUCGAAUGGCGGUGUGGGUGUGUCUGAGAGUGAGAAUGGGAGCUUGGUGAAGUAUGUGAACGGGAAUGGUGUGGCGGCGGCGGAGGUGGUGGUGGAAGUUGAAGAUCCUGUGGCGAAGGAGGUGGGGAGGAAGAGAAGGGUAGAGGAGAUUGGGAAAGAAGACGCCUGGUUCAAGCGAGCUGAGGGAGAAUCCGUUGAGGUUUCUGUUGCACCUGGUGGUCGUUGGGGUAGAUUCAAAACCUACUCAACAAUACAGAGGACCUUCGAAAUAUGGGGAUCUGUUCUAGUAUUUAUCUUUAAGGCUUGGUUGAACAAUCAAAAAUUCUCUUAUCGAGGAGGAAUGACAGAAGAGAAGAAAGCUUUAAGACGGAAGGCCCUUGCCAAAUGGCUUAAAGAAACUAUCUUGAGAUUAGGUCCGACAUUCAUCAAAAUUGGGCAGCAGUUCUCCACAAGGGUGGACAUUCUUGCUCAAGAAUAUGUUGAUCAGUUGUCAGAACUUCAGGAUCAAGUUCCUCCCUUCCCAUCAGAGACUGCUGUGUCGAUAGUUGAAGAGGAGCUUGGAGCUCCUGUGAAUGAUAUCUUUGAUCGGUUUGACUACGAACCAAUAGCUGCUGCUAGUCUUGGUCAGGUUCACCGUGCAAGAUUGAAGGGACAGGACGUUGUUAUUAAAGUACAAAGGCCUGGUCUCAAGGGUCUUUUUGAUAUCGAUCUUAAAAACCUAAGGGUAAUUGCAGAAUAUCUUCAAAAAGUUGACCCAAAGUCAGAUGGUGCAAAAAGGGAUUGGGUGGCUAUCUAUGAUGAGUGUGCUAGUGUCUUAUAUCAGGAGAUUGAUUACACCAAGGAAGCUGCAAAUGCAGAACUAUUUGCAAGUAACUUCAAAAAUAUGGAUUAUGUGAAAGUUCCAUCAAUAUUCUGGGAGUAUACGACACCACAGGUUCUGACAAUGGAGUAUGUCCCAGGGAUCAAGAUAAACAAGAUACAAGCUUUGGAUCAGCUAGGUGUUGAUCGCCAAAGGUUGGGUCGGUAUGCUGUUGAAUCAUACUUGGAACAAAUUCUGUCUCAUGGUUUUUUUCAUGCUGAUCCUCACCCUGGAAAUAUUGCUGUUGAUGAUGUCAAUGGUGGAAGGUUGAUCUUUUAUGAUUUUGGAAUGAUGGGGAGUAUCAGUCAAAAUAUCAGAGAAGGUUUGCUGGAAACAUUCUAUGGUGUUUAUGAGAAGAAUCCUGAUAAGGUCCUUCAGGCAAUGAUUCAAAUGGGUGUUCUUGUGCCUACUGGAGAUAUGACUGCUGUCAGACGAACAGCACAGUUCUUCCUUAACAGUUUUGAAGAGCGUCUUGCUGCACAAAGAAAAGAAAGAGAGAUUGCAGCAGCAGAGCUUGGUUUUAAAAAGCCACUGAGCAAGGAGGAAAGAGUAAAGAAAAAGAAACAAAGGCUGGCCGCAAUUGGGGAAGAUUUAUUAGCCAUUGCAGCAGAUCAACCCUUUCGAUUUCCUGCUACAUUCACAUUUGUUGUUAGAGCAUUUUCAGUUUUGGAUGGCAUUGGGAAGGGCCUUGACCCUAGAUUUGAUAUUACUGAGAUUGCCAAACCCUAUGCAAUGGAAUUGCUAAGGUUUCGGGAAGCAGGAGUUGAAGUUAUCUUAAAGGAUUUCAGAAAGCGAUGGGACAAACAGUCCCGUGCAUUCUACAACUUAUUCAGACAGGCUGACAGAGUUGAAAGGCUUGCAGAAAUUAUCCAACGAUUGGAGCAAGGUGACCUCAAAUUACGAGUUCGAACUUUGGAGUCUGAGAGGGCAUUCGAGCGUGUUGCAGCUGUUCAGAGGACAGUAGGAAAUGCGGUAGCUGCUGGGAGCCUAAUAAACCUUGCAACAAUUUUAUAUUUUAAUUCCAUUCGAGUGCCUGCUAUUGUAGCAUAUGUCUGCUGCGCAUUUUUUGGCUUUCAAGUUCUGUUUGGUAUUAUAAAAGUCAAAAAACUAGAUGAACGGGAGAGGUUGAUAACAGGAACUGCUUAAACAAUUGUUCGGGCACGUUGCAGAUCUAGAGUGGAGAUUCACCUCAUAUAAAGCUCUCUUAACUUCCCAAGUCGGCAGCCAACCAAUAAUCCGAUAAUGGAAAGAAAGAGCUUAAAGGAGCACUUCAUUCAAGGUUCUUUUACCAUCAAUAUGAGCUAUGAGCUAAAAGCUCCAACCCAUUGAUUUAUGAUAAAAAGUUCUUAAGGCUGUACACUUCAAAUGCUUACUUAUAGUGAGAGUAGAACUUGUAAUUAGGUUAGCUAAACCCACUUGGUUGUAAUUUUGAGUUCCCACAAGACAAGAAUGUUCCCAAUAAGGACUCAAGUCUCUUGACGUGGUGUCUUUAUUGGCAGGCUGAUGUCCAUACAUGAUAGCUUUCAGUGUCAAUUAGGAGUUACAUAUAUAAAAAUUCUGUGGUAGAUGUUGGCACUGUUACCUCCCAUCAUAUUUGAGUGGAUGGGGGAUGUCCAGUAAUGGUAUAUAAUUUUGUAAGAUGAACAAAUUUAUUCAAUAAGAUGUGCUCCCUAGCUCCUUUUUGUUUCAA